ACAGUUCGCCCAAGCAACCACCCAUUGCAAACUGACAGACUGGCUCUAGUAGUUCCACAGCCCAACUUCGCCCUAUAUUCUAACACUACAAUCCUUGCCAGGUUAGACUUACAGUUUCAGCUUUAUGGCUGACGCCUGGGUUUCACCCUCUGGCCCUCGAUGACCCGACUUCAUCGGCCGUCCUCUUUCUUUCUUCAAGCUCGGGCUCACGCGAUGGCGGCGGGUCGUGCCAGGCGAGCCGAGGCGAUGAACCGCAUCGCCGGUUACGUGCAGCAUCUGGUUCCUGAAACCUGACCAACUGACGCAUGCGUGCAAGCGAACAACCCGCCUUACUGGACAAUGCUUCCUGCUUCAGCUCGGCGGUCGUUGGCACGUGUUUCGAUGUGGGUCCUUUUCACAUCUGCUACCAUAGUGGAACCUCGGGCGAUUUGAGAAUGUCAACAAGGUUGAAUUCCAGAUUCAGUAACGAUUUGCAAUUGCCGGAUGGUGCGACGGUCCGAGGGAGGCUAACGGCGCUGACAUGACCGGCUGCUGUUUCGGAUAUCACAACUGUGGCAUCAUACGAUGGGAUUUGACACCUGGAUGACCUUCGUCGUUCAAUUCUUGUGACUCAUCCAGUCUUCUGGGUUUAGCGGCUCUUCAGCCUUCGUCUGCCACAGGAACUUGGAUCUGAGAUCCAGAACAUGUGAACUACAGUUGUGAAAAUCGUUGCUACCGUGCUUGGGCCGAAGACUAAGUAUAGAAUCUGCAACCACAAGUACCGUAAUCCCCCGUAUAUAAGACCAGCCGAAAUAGUCAGCCCACGGGUGGCAUAUGCGGGGGGUAGCUAAUGAUAUGGCGCAUUUUUGAGGGUACCCGCUUUUCUGGGUUUGCAUUUUACAAAACACCCUUCUCGUUUUUCUUGCCUUCAAAUAGUAUUCGAUCCUUAAUUACCAAGGU